UUUGCUAGGAACUAUUUGGAGAGACAAGUGUGCACCACGGACAUUUCAGUGUGUGACACACAUGGACAGAACCAUGUGCAAGGCGUCGCGUUUAACUUCGGAGUUGAAAUUGUUGUAGAUUAUAUUGUACGGUCGCAAUGAACGUACUUUUUCUUGUUAGCAUAAUUAUAUUGUAGCAACAACUAAUGUUAUUAAUGUUGACUAAAUUCACCUGCUCUUAAUCUCGUUGAAUAAUGGGGAAAUCAAAGACCAAGAACCAGAAGAAAUCCCGAGCAACUGCUAACCAUGUGGCCGAGGAGAUUUACGGAGCCAUUCCCCACUCCUUCGUGUUUCAUCGGGGACAGAUUGGGAAAAACGUGGGUCAGCUCAUCGAGGACGUGCGGAGAGUCAUGGAGCCAUACACUGCAGAGUCUCUGAAGGUUAGGAAAAAGAACGUGCUAAAAGAUUUUGUGGCCAUCGCAGGACCACUGGGAGUGACGCACUUCAUGAUCUUUAGCAAAACUCCCACCUGUAUCAACAUGAGACUUGCUCGACUUCCGAAAGGUCCCAUGCUUCACUUCAGGGUGCUCAAGUAUUCUCUUGUCAAAGAUGUGGUUUCAUCUCUGAAGAAGCACAGGAUGCACGAGCAGCAGUUCACACAUCAUCCGCUCUUAAUCCUCAAUAACUUUGGAUCUGAUGGCAUGCAUGUCAAACUCAUGUCCACCAUGUUUCAGAACAUGUUUCCGUCCAUCAAUGUGCACAAGGUGAGCCUCAACAAUAUCAAGAGGUGUGUGCUGCUGAAUUACAACCCAGAGACCCAGGAAAUAGAGUUUCGUCAUUAUAGCUUGAAGGUCGUCCCUGUGGGCAUGAGCCGUGGAGUCAAGAAGCUGAUGCAGGAGAGGUUCCCCAACAUGAGCAAGUUUGAGGAUAUCAGUGAGCUGAUGAUGAAGGGGGCAAACCUUUCAGAAAGUGAGGCAGAGCAAGACGGGGACCACAACAUAACUGAACUACCACAGAUCUACUCUGGCCGAGGCAACAUGGCGUCCCAGCAAAGUGCUGUCCGUCUGACCGAGAUUGGUCCUCGCAUGACUCUGCAGCUAGCGAAGAUAGAAGAAGGCAUGGGAGAUGGGAAUGUCCUCUAUCACACCAUGAUCUCCAAGACGGAAGAGGAAAUACAGGAGAUCCUGAACAGGAAGGAGGCCCAGCUUAAAGAGAAGGCGCGUCGCCGGAAAAAGCAGGAGCACGAUGUUGCUCAGAAGGCAGAGAUGCGAGAAGACAACAAGAAAAAGAGCCUGGCAGGCAUCAAGAGGAAACGCGCUGAAGAGGAGGCCGAAGUGGACAGUGAGGUGGAGGAUCCUGGGAGGCAGGACGAUCGGCCAGCUCCUGUUGAAUCUGAUGAUGAGGUGGAGUACUACAGGCAGGCAGUAGGACAGGAGCCGGAUGAAGACAUGUUCCCCAGUAACAAGAAGUAUGGCUCAGAGAGGACGCAAGCACCUGCCAAGAAGUGGAAAAAGUCACCCGGUAAACCGUUCAGAAAAGACAGAGAUUCUACAUCUCCCGGUAAACCGUUCAGAAAAGACAGAGGUUCUACAUCUCCCGGUAAACCGUUCAGAAAAGACAGAGAUUCUAAAUCUCCCAGGAGAAACGGUCCAGGAGGAUAUCAAAGAGACGGGAAAGGAUGGAAGAAUGACGGGGAGAAACCAUUUGGAAGGAAAAUGAAGCCUGGAGGUAAGGCCUUCGGAGGAAAGGCCUUCGGAGCAAAGAAACCUGGCGAUAGGGAGAAGAAAUUUGGUGGGAAGAAGAACUUUGAGGGAAACAAAACAUUUGGUGGAAACAAAGACAAAUCAUUCAAGUCUAAAGGUCCAAAAGGCACCGCCUUCAAGAAGAAGGGCGCAGGAGCAAAGCAAGGCUUUAAACAGAGGAAGGGAAAAGGCUCUGAAAUCAAGAUGGAGCAAAACUUAAUUAACUAUGACAAGUUUCAAAUAGCCCUGCUGCCCUCAAUGUACGGGGUUGAGUUCGUGGUGGCCCUGACAGGAAACCUGUUUGCCCUGUGGCUGCUGGUGGUCCGAGAGAGAAGGAACUGGCACACUGGAGUUGUGCUGUCGUGUAACCUGGUGAUCAGUGACCUGCUGUAUGUCUUGACCUUGCCUUUGCUGAUAGUCUACUACGCCCUGGAAAAACACUGGGUGUUUAGUAAUGCUGUGUGUAAAAUCGAGAGGUUUCUUUUCACCUGCAACCUGUAUGUGAGCAUCUUCUUCAUCAUGGCGAUAAGUGUGAACCGAUGCGUGGCCCUCGUGUGUCCCUUCUUCAGCCGAUCCUAUGUAGAGCCUUUCCACGCAAAAGCCAUCAGCGUCAUCAUCUGGAUCGUUGUAGGAGUCUUUUCCUUCCCUGCGUUGACAUUUUCCUCAGUCUGCCAUAAUGCAUACAAUAACAAUACACAGUGUGUGUCCUACUGUAACAAAGAGAAGAUGGAUGCAAGCCCUCACUUCAAUUACACGAUCUUCCUUUCUGUGUUUGGGUGUCUUGUUCCCUUCAUUGUUACUGUCACUUCCUACUGUUUGGUGAUAUCGGUGGUGUGGAAAAAUGUCAGUAUAACCAAACUGGAGAAACGCAAAGUAGGCCUGUUGAUCACAGCUGUGAUUGUGCUGUAUGCCAUUUCCUUUGUGCCUUACCAUGUCUUCCAGCUCUAUCACUUCUAUCAGAAAAGCCAUAAGUUCAACCCUUCUGGUGGUUGGGUCUACAAAACGUAUCAGCUGACCAAGGGACUGGCAACUCUGAACAUGUGUCUCCAUCCAAUCCUUUACAUGGCUUUGUUUGACAGUAUAAGAGUAGUUUGUUGUGGGAAGAGCCCAGACGACGACAGCCUGGAGAUGAGGAGGAAGUAGAGCUGAUGUUUGACAGAUUUUCUGUGUUUUAUCAGUUUAUAUAAUUUCAUGCUGUAAUAAUAUAUCUUGACUUGGUAUUGCUGAAAGUUAUUGUUCUACUAACUUUGAAACACAACCAUCUGUAAUAAAGAUUUAUUUGUUGCUCUGA